CGGAGGAACCAGAGCGCCGCUCAGAGUGCACCCGGACCCAGGCCGCGGACUCCAGUCGCUAUGGCAACGUGGCCCGCGCUCUAGGUGUGGCGGGCGAAUAUUGGCGCUCGGAAUCCAGGAGACCCCUGUGCGAGCUGGCCGGGUUCUCGGUCGCGCGCCGGGAGGCGAAGCGGGUUUCCCUGGGUCCUGCGGGCGGCGCACGCGAUGGAGUAAGAGCUACACAAAGCUGCUCGACAGAACACAGCUCCUGGAGCCACCGCAACCAUGCUGCCACCGUGUUCGGAGCGGGAACUGAGUGAGUUGCUGGCUCGCAAGGAGGAGGAGUGGCGAGCUCUGCAGGCCCACCGUGCCCAGAUGCAGGAGAAACAUCUGGAGGAGACACGAGGGCAGCUGCAGCGCCUGCAGGAGGAUUUUGUGUACAACCUUCAAGUGCUGGAGGAGCGGGACCGUGAGCUGGAGCGCUACGACGUUGAAUUCACCCAGGCCCGCAGGCGGGAGGAGGCCCAGCAAGCAGAGGUCAGUGAGCUGAAGAUAGAGGUGGCCAAGCUGAAGCAGGCACUCUCCAGGGAGGCCAGGCACGUGGCAGAGUUGCAGCAUCAGCAUGAGCGGACGUUGCAGGAGCAUCACUUGGAGCUGGAGCGUGUCCGCAGUGACAGGAAGAAUGAAAUCGACCACCAGCAGGAGCAGUAUGAGAAUCUGAAGUGGAAGCUGGAGAGAAAGCUGAGGGAACUCGACGGUGAACUUGCUCUUCAAAGACAGGAGCUGCUGCUGGGGUUUGAAUCUGAAAUUCAGAGACGGGAGCACGAGUUCCAGCUGAGGGCAGGUGACAUGAGCAACAUAGUCUUGACCCAUGAGCUCAAGGUGAAGCUACUAAACAAAGAACUGCAGGCUCUGAGAGAAGCUGGGGCACAGGCAACAGAGAGUCUGCAGAAGGCAGAGGCAGAGCACAUCGAGUUGGAGAGGAGGCUACAGGGCCAUGCCCUGGAGCUCCAGAAUCUGGAGGCCGUGAAGGAUGCUCGGAUAAAGGACUUGGAGAAGGAGCUUCACUCUGUACAGCUGGCCAGUAAGAGAGCCGAGGACACCUUCAGGAGGAAACAUGAAGAACUUGACCGUGAAGCCAGGGAGAAAGAUACAGUGCUGGCAGCAGUGAAGGGCGCCCAUGCAGAGCAGCUGCGAGCGCUGGAGGCUAGGGUGCUGCAGCUGCAAACCCACUGCGAAACCCUGGAGGGACAAGCGCGCAGGGCCGAGUGCACACGAGCUGGUGACGCCAAGGAAAAGAACGCCCUUAUUGACAAACUUCGUGAAGACGCGGCAGCUUUGAAAGCUGCCUGGGAUGCCCAGAUCACUCAGAUGUCCAAGGAGGCUGUCUCCAAAGACCUUCAGGUUCAGAUGCUACAGGAAGAAGAGGUGAAGCUCAAGGCACAGGUGGCCAGGUUCCAGAAGGACAUAGACAGGUACAAGCAGCAACUGUCCCUGGCAGUGGAAAGGGAACAGAGCCUGGAGCGUGACCAGGUGCAGCUGGGCCUAGACUGGCAGCGCCGUUGCGAUGAUGUUGAGCGAGACCAGAUCCAGAAGUCAGAGACUUUGAUUCAAGGGCUGACCAAGGCCAGAGACCAGGUUGCUGCUAAGCUCCAGGAGACAGAGAAGGCGCUGCAUCAACAGGAGACGUUGCUGAAGGCUGUGUCACUGGAACGAGACCAGGCCGUGGAGACUCUGCGGACACACGGGCUAGUCCCUGGACAGGACUCACAGGUACCUCCACAGCAGCACGAGGGAGAAAUGAGGGAAGAGUCUCCAUCUAGUGAGAUCCAGAGGCUGCAGGAGCAGAAUGCGGGUCUGCGGAACGCUGUUGCACAGAUGAGGCGAGAGAUGGAAGCGCUGAGUGGCCAUCUUCCUUCCACUCAGCCGGAAGAAGCAAGCCCUGACCCCCAGGCUGGUGGAGAUCCGGCCCCUCCGGAUUAUGUUCUGGCGCUUGAAGCAGAAAUGCAGAACCUAAAGCGCAAGCUUAGAGCCCUGGAAGAGCAGCAACAAGGUGGUGGAGAGCCAGUGAAGACAGCCUUGCCCCCUGCUGAUCCACGCUCUGGUGCCCACGGCUCCGCAGAAGCAGCUGGAGCGGCUUUGGCAAGCCAGGCAUCCAUUGCGUUAGCACUCAGAAAACUCGGAGACAGAGGGCACCUCUUGAACCUGCUGGUGACACAGCUCAAAAAGAAGCUGUGGCAGAAACCCCUGGAGUCGGUCACUGUCCUGCACGAGCUCCCCAGUGAAGUGGACCAGGUGCACCUGGAGGUUUUGGAGCUGCAGAAGCAGGUGGCUGAGCUACAGAAGCAUCUCAAGACGCCCCAGCCCCAAGGAGAGCCUUCUCUCAUGGAGCAGCUACAGAGAGAGGGCCUGACUAACUGGAGAUCCCUGGUCACAAAGGGCCAGCUGGAGUUCCCUAGUCUCCCCCAGGAAGGGGCUCAGCCUCCACAGACCGUAUCAGUGCGACAUCUGCAAAGGAAGCUGAAGGACGCAGCCAAGAAGAUCCUCAGCCUCAGCCUAGAGAAGGAGCAGCUCCUGGAAAUGGGAAACAGACUCCGAGCAGAGCGGGGGCUCCCUAAAGGGAAACUGACUCCUUGCCCACUUCCUCCCACCUCUGAGUCCCAGGACCCCCGUGAGGUGCUGGAGGUGCCUUUGGACCAUGUCCUACCUUUGGGACAGCUGCAGCCCCACUCAACAACUCAGGACCCCAGGCACACCAAGAGAAAAUGUGUUUCUGGAUAUUCAGGGAAAGAUCAACCACACUCCGCCCAAGCGGUCAGCAAAAGCAGCACCGCACAAGGCUCCAAGGCGGGCAUGGCAUCUACCCACAAGGUCAGCAAAAACAGCACCACACGAGGCUCCAAGGCAGGGGCAGCAUCAAGGCCUGCUCAGAGACAGCACAGAGUCCCCACAGAGACCUGGAAGUCAGUGUAUCAGAAAGAAAACAGGUCCCCACCGCUGCCACCACAGGCUCAAGAAGUCCCCGAGGAAAGUGACCACCACAGAUCGUCUUCACUGGCCAGCAGUUCCCUCCAGGACACCUGGAAGCUGCUGGACCUGGGGUCCAGCCUUUCGGGCGUCGCCUCUCAGGAUGACUCUGCUGCUGCAGGGAGGGAGCUGAGAGGCAGCACAGACAGGCCUGCUGCACUGGGGAACAGCAGAAGAGCACUCGGUGACAAAGAAGCCUGAGCAAUGUCACCACCAGCUGCCUCUCACCUGAAACAAGCUCACAGGUAACCAAUACAGACAGGUUGCCAAACCACACAUCUGUCCAUCCUCAGCUGAGCGUCUCAGUACAGAAGAGCCAUGCAGAGUCCUGACAGGCAGCAGACACGGCUGGUGUGUGCAAAACUUACAAAAGCAAGUAGAUUACGGAACCUUAAAUUAUCUUAUUUUUAUUGUCCUUUCAACUAUGUAUAUUACGUGUGCUUAAUGUUUUUGUUGUUUGUUUUAUUUUGUUUUGUGUUUUUGAGACUGUGUCUCACCACAUGUUUCUGUCUGGCCUGGAAUUUCCAGUGAUAUCCCAGGUGCUAGGAUUACAAGAAUUACAGGAACUACACCCUGGUUGCUUUAAAGAGUAAGGCGUGGUCAGCCCCACAGAUGCAUCAAGGAUCGGAUAGAGAAGUGACCCUUAUUUUGUUUUGAUUUGAUUUGGUUAGCCUGAAACUUGCCCCAGUCUUCCUGCCUCUGUCCCUCGGUGCUAGGAUUAUAAACACGGCCAUUAUGCCCACAACCCCUGAGUUUUGCCUGGUGUAGAUCACUGUUGGCUUGAAGAGGGGUCUCAGUGGGAUGAGGUCAUCACUUUAGUCUUCUCGGCCGAGUCCUUCAGCAGAGAGUGGGAUGGAGAGCUCGGAAGCAGCAGUCCGGAGGCCGCAGCUGAGGGAGGGGCGGAAACAGAAGCCUGAGGAGCCUGCCUGUGCAGGGGGUGAGGUGGGCAGAGAUGACGGGAGACAAACUCAGAGGGCAGCCCUGGGAGUGACUGGAGUGGAGGGUAGAUCGGCUGCCCACACUGACAGGCAAGCUUUCCCCAAGCUUACAGACUUUCCAGGUAGCCAGUGGGAAACGGUCAUGGCACAGCUGACCUGAUGAAACAGCUCUGACUUUUGAACAGUUAGCUGGUGGCCACGUGCAGCCUGGGAGCUGACGUGACAGCAGAAGUUAACCAAAAAGUUCCAAGUGGAGGGUGGCCUGAGGGAGUGAAGGGUGGCACAGAUCAGGCAAGAUGCUUGGAGCUGCGAGUCACUGCAUCCCAGUGCAGGCGGCAUAGAGCAGAGCUCCCAGCCCAUGUCUAAUGCAGCACCGAGUAGAGAGCCACGGGGACGAGCACUGGCCAUACCCUGCCGCACACCGGCCAGAACACAGAGAGCCACGGGGACGAGCACUGGCCAUACCCUGCCGCACACCGGCCAGAACACAGAGAGCCACAGGGACGAGCACUGGCCAUACCCUGCCGCACACUGGUCAGAACAUGAGCUUGCAUCAGCCUGCAGGACAGUGGGAGGACGCUGCCUCUGGUCGGCCCUUUCGGGUCCUGCCCACUCCUCCACUGAUUGAUUUUCGUCAGCGAGGAGAAUGCUGCCCUAGAACCCACACACCUGCUCCGCAUGUCCCAGGGCAUUGCCUGCAGGACCCAGGCCACCUUCCUGGAAGCUGCUGCUUGGGGCUCUCAGUGGGAAAGAUUGGUAGAAGCUGAGCUGCCAUACCCAGCCUGAGUGUGGGGUGUGGCUGACAGCUCCUAGCACCUUUUGUAAUAAAAGUAAAGUUAAAAACAAAACCAAACAAAAACCUACAUUCCAGCAGAGAUUCUGGCUUUGUGGUUCACUCUACAGAGGAUUUUGCUGAGAGGAAAGACGGACGUUAUCAGUGCAAUCUUGUGGUUUAGUCAGCCCUGGGUUCCUGGUGCAGCCCUGGCAUCUGGGAGGCUUGACUGAGAUCUGUCACUGUGAAUGACAGAUCUCAGUGACUCAGAUCUUGUAAUGACUUGAGGACCUUAUAGGUGGACACACUGAUACCUUGGGGGACAAGGUCUCUCAUGAAGAUGUGGCUGGCCUCACCACGUUAGUGGGUGGGAUAGGAUCAGUCCCCAGUCAGCCUGGAAGUCUUGCUUCAAAAACUAGGGUGGGAUUUCUAAGUUUUACACUUUCAGUGCAUCGUGAACGGUAGACUGACCAUUCCACGGUUCUGGGCAGCUAGCAGCGCUGAUGAAACAGCAUGGAAGGGACCAACAUGUAACUGUGUCCAUGUUUAGAAACAGGAAAGCCCACUGAGGUGCUGGGGCC